AUGGCUUUAUAUUUCAUUGCUGCUUCUCUUAACCCAAAACCCUGCUCUAAUAUUCCUCCUCCAUUGCUUUGCCCAAAGCACAACCACCCUUUCAAGCUCAUCUCUUCUUCUUCUUGUAAAACAUUUGUUCAGUCACAAGGAAAAGAAGGGGGAGUCAAAGAGGAUGACCCUCCUGCUUCUUUCACUGGACCAGGGUAUGAGAGUGAUGGCAGCUUUAGGAAACUCACUAUUCGUAAGAAGCUUGUGCGGUUGGUUGGGGAUAGAGACGAUGAUUUCAUUUUUCCAUUGGGUAAAAAUUUGAAGAAGGUUAGUCCAAAGUUUUUAACCAUCUCACAGAAGAGAAAUAUCAGAAGACUAACAUACUUGGAUGAAGUUUCUCGGAGGAAUGAUUCAGUUUUCUUUGCAACAGUUGGAGCAUUUAUAAUUGUUCCACCAUUUAUAAUAUUAGGGAUUGCUAUAUUAACAGGUUAUGUGCUGCCCUUUCCAUGA